AUGUUAGGGUUUUCUGAACAUCAGAUAACUCAAGUUUUGAAUAGCAUUGAUCAGAUUUUUACCAUGUCUGAUGUUUGUAGUGCUGCUGAAAUUUGGGACAAGAGACAUGCAGAAAAGAUAUUAAACAUUUUCAACAGUGUAUUUGCAAUUGGUGACCUACUGGUAGAUGAGCAUUUGCAUGAUUCAAGAGGUGAAUCUGUUUUGGAUAUGUACGAAUUUGAUGACGAACUACUUGAUGAUUGGCAAGAAAUUCUUCAAGAUAAUGACAUGUUUGAUAUGAUUGUAGAAAAUUUGACACUCUCACAAUUACAGAACUCUUUAAUAGAUGAGCGUGACAUGUCUUCAGACUCUCAAGAUUAA